AGAAGACCCUUCCUAUCUAAAGGCUUUUAGAGAAAAGGAUGGCUCCUGUAAAGAAGCUGUAAAAUCCUUGUUUAUUUAAGUGGCACAGACAAGUGGAAAGAAAACAGCAGUGAGUUAAAAGAGCAUGAAGAACAGAUGGAAAACACUCGGCAUUUUGGAGAAAAAAAAGAAAUGCCAAGAGCUAAUCUGUGGAACAGCUGAGAUUUCUGCCUCACAAAUGUUGCCUGUUCAGAAGGAAAUGAGCCACUCCUCACUUGUGAUCUGGAUAUUUUCUCAUAAUCCUGUGCAAGCGAGAGAUAACUUCGCUUCUCUCCUGGAUGAUCGGCUCAGGACUGUUUAUAGAUGAAACAAAAUGGUUGACAGAUGUUUUGCAUCCACCUGACCUGUUUUCCACGCUGAAGGUCACUCCAGAUUGCAUAAAGUCCUGCUCAGAAAAUAGCAGGAACGUGAUAGUGUCAGCAGAAGUCAUGUGGACAUUUGUGCACUUGGCAGAGGUAUUUGACAUCACUGCACAACUUGACGCAAGCAGCACUCUGCCCUGUGCCGAGGAGUGGGACUGACAGACCCAGUCUAUGCAGGUUAAACUUUGCUUUCAUUCUUUGGAUCUCGAUGACACUUGUAUGCUCAUGUUACCCAGUUGUUCCUUCCACGAGCAGCAAUCCUUUUUAUUUGAAUUGCCAGCUGUAUGGAAAAUCUGAUUACUGCCUCGUCCUGCUGAACAACUGCUUAGCCAAAGUGGGCAGGAAUGAAGAACUGGCUUUUUUAAAGCCUUACCUGGAGAUGCCUCUCAAUAAAAGGUCCUUUCGCAAUGGUGUUGGAUCGGGAAUUAAAAAAACUUCCUUUCGAAGAGCAAAGUCAUAAACAAAUGUUCAAAACCACACUCUCGAUUUUAGCAUCUGAUGUUUAACUUUGCGCUUAAAAUCAGUUUAAUGCUUUUCUAUGAUAAAACCAACAGAGGCAAAUGUACCCGUGUCUUCAUCGUGUAAACAGAUGUUUAUUUCAAAGAGCACAAGCCAAGUGGAGCAGAUGGGAUUGCUCAGAAAGGGCUUUGUUUCCAAAGUUACAGUAUCAUAAAGUUUUGUAUUGAAAUGAAUGUUUUCAUGUGGUUAAUUCCCCUUCUUUGUACAGCUGCAGAUUUAAUCAGCCUUCUCUUGAUUAAUAUAAAAAUAGUCCUGUGCUUUGAAUAGCCGUGUGCAUGCAGCCUGUCGGGAGGAUUGACAUCCCUCCUCUCUGCUGCAGAGGCAAACCCACCAACAAGGCAAGGCAUGACCGUACUUCCCUGUCCCAAAUCACAUUUUCUUGAAGACAGUUUCUCUGGCAAUAUUAAUACAGAUUUAAAGUAAAUUUAAUUUUGCAUUUCCAGCGAUAUGAAGGGUCACUGGUAAAAGACAGAAUCAGGCCCUACUUGUAACUUCUAGUUUCUUUUUAAUAUAGUUAUUUAAAAUUACUUUAGCAGAAAUAAUCUCUUGAGAUGUGUCAUCUCAUUUCUGGAAAAGUCCUGGGAAAUCACUCUAAGGCAGGGUAUCAGUGCAGCUCCAUUUGCCUCAAUUAGUUGACUCAUGUAGGCAACACACACCUGAUGAAAUGUGCCAGACCCGGUUUCUGCUCAUCUGCUACAGCUGUGGCACAGUAA